AUGACAACACAACGAGAAUUAGAACAUAAUCUAGCAUCAAUUAGAAAUAAUAUUCCCAACAAUUAUGAUGGUCGAACAGAACUUUAUCACCAAAACCAAGUAGCGAUUGAUAAUUUAAUCACCGAAUUAGACAUACGGUUAAAACUUGAUGAUAAUAAUUUAGGAGCUGAUAAACAUAGAGAGUUAAUUGUCCGACUGCUAAUGAACCAAGCCCAAGGUCCAGUCCAAUAUGUUCCGCAAGAAUUUUCCAUUGACGGAGUUGGUUCCCAACCAAUUAAAGAGGUAAUUGAUUAUUUAAAAAGUUUAAGUUUAAUAUCUCCCAAGAUUGUCCAAGGGGGAACUAAUUCUUUAAUUGUCAAUAAAGCCGAUUUAGAGCAAGCUCAGCAAGAAAUAACCAGAUUAAAAGCGACUUUGAAGGAACUUAAUGCUUGGAAAGAAGAUGAAAACAUUGUUAAUCAACAGGUAGUUGAUUUUUAUUUAACUAUCGCUAGCAACACCCAACAAUUAGAAACUGCCCUCCCUGACCUCUUUGACCAAGAAGGCAAAGUAAUUUCUGCUAAUCUAAACAAAUAUCAGAAAAAUCAAGAAUUAAUCGAGUUAGCCCAAAUGGUCGCUCAACUUUUAAUGCGUAGUGAAUUACACGGAAAAAUUAUUCAAGCCCUUGAUAUUCAAAGAGAAGGAAGAAUGAUUUUAGAUGAGAAUGGUGUUGUAACUGGACAGGAAGCGAUUGUUUUUAAUAAAUAUGCUAGUCAAUUAGUUAGAAAAGAUGCGGUUGAUACCUUAAAUACUACCGCCAAAAAAUAUAACGAUCUAGUAAAUUAUCAAGCGACCGCUACCAGAAUUGGAGGAGCUACUGACAACUCUGCUAUUCUAACUGCUGAUAACAAAGAAAUCGACCAAGCCAAAUUAACUGCCGUAAUUAAUGAUAGUCAAGAAUUAGUCAAAAUUAAUCAACAGGUCAUUAAUGUUCUUAAAGAUGAGAUACCAGGUCUUUUGGUUCAGAAAAAUAACCAAACUGAGAUUGAUAAGGACUUAUUGGCUAAUUUGGCUAAAUUAAAUGCUGGUGGUUCUAAUCCAGCCGACCAAACCAAAAUUACUAAUUACGAAAAGAUAUUGAAAGAGCAAAUUGGUUAUGACCCAGCUGACCCGAACUUUACUACUAACUUAACUGGUAAACUAAAUGGUAAAAAGUUGUCGGAUAUUACCAGUAAUUUAGACCAAGUAAUAAAAGAUGCCAAACAACUUCCGGCUUGGAAAAAAAGUGAAAAUGAUUUGCUAAAUCAUUUAGGAUAUACCAAAACCGCUAAUGAUGAUAAAAAGUUGGGAACUGAAAAAGUGUUCUUUACAGAUUUUAAAGCUAGUCAUUUAGGUAAUACUAACUUUGCUGACCCCCAAUUAUAUGAUGCUACGACGGGUCAGGUUUUAAGAAAUCUGACCGAUUUGGUUCAGGAAAGCAAAGAAUUAACCACCCUCCAAACUAAUUAUAAAAUAUUGGAUGACAAACUAACUAAAAUCAAUGCUGAUUUAGGUAUUUUAGAUGGCAAUGAUAACUUAACUAAUAAACUUAGAAUUAAUGGUUCAUAUAAGGAUUUAAAAACAGCUAGCGUAGUAGAUAAGAAAAAAUUAGAUACUGCCGACCUUGAAUUAACUAGACUAAGUGGGGAAAUUCACAAGAUAGAAACUAACUUAACUGGUUUAAUAAAUACUUCUAUGAUUGAUGGUAAAAAAGUGGUAAAUAAUGUUAAAUUAUCAACCUUAAAGAGUUUAAAUGAUGGUCAAGGAGAGGAUUUACUUGAUGGUCAAGGUAUCAAAGAAAUUAUUGAGGAAAGAGAUGAGGAACUUUUGUUAGCGAAUAGAUAUAAAAAUCAAAUUUUAAAUGCUUUGGGUUAUCCUGCUAAUUCCACAGUGCCAAAUGGAGAAAAUUUGGCUAGUUUACUAGCUCGCCCAACCCAAACUCAAUUAGAUAACGCUAACGAUUGGAUUACUGAUUUAGAAAAAGGCUUUAAGGAAAUAUUAGAAAUAGACCCAACUGAUGCUUUACCUAACAAUUACACUGAUUUAGCCAAUUUAUAUAAAAACCAAAGCGGUAGUCAAACAAUUAAACAAUUAAAAACCCGAGCUGAUAACUUUGACCGUAUUCACACUAAACUCAACGGCAAAGUCAGUGAUAGCGAAUUACAAGCCUUAUUAGACACUAUCCCUACUUGCUCCCACACUGAUUACGACACUAUUAAAUCCGAAAGAGACACCUUAAAAACGGAAAAUACUCAACUAAAAGAGCAUCAAUGCGAUUGUGCUAGCCAAGUAGCCCAAAAAGAAACCCAAAUCAUCACCAAAAUCAUUACUGACCUGCAACUCUCCACCGAGAGAGAGAGAGAGAAUGUUUUAGAAGCGGUAAUUACUGAGAUUAAAAACAAAAUAACUCCACCCACUGAUAGUAGCAAAGACAAUAAGAUUAGCGAACUAGAAACCAAACUAGCUAACUUACAAGCUCCAAAAUCACUCAAUGAUUUACCCAUCAGUAAUGAAGUCAAAGCCGAAGUAAUCAAAAUCAGCCAAGACUUAGGCUUAACUGCUCAAUCUUGUGCCAAACUAGAAGACGCUACUUCUUACCGAGAACUAUCUAAUUUACAAAAAGAAGCUUUCCAAGCCAAGUUAAAUAGUGAAGUUGACAGCAAAAACACAGCCCGCACUAUGAACUACUGCUUCGGAGCGUUAAGUUUAGGUAGUUUAUUGUUAUUGGCUUGA